AGACCUAAGUAAAAUGCCAAGUGGGGAGAUUCCAUGCAGCCAAGCCGGGCAUCCUCCUGUCGGCAUGUCAAGUCUUAACGUCACACCCGAAUAUGUUAUGGGUGCAUAAGUACGCUGGAUAGCUAUACAAUACCUCUGCGUAUAGUUUUAGAACAGGGAAUAUAAACUUUACAUUGGAAAGAGCUGAAUUUUAUGGAUGCAAUGUGGGUGCUAGGGCUUGUAUUAGGGUUGCUCCCAUUACUUAUAUGGGUGCUAAGAUCCUUCAAUGAAUGGAGGUUUUGUCACUCACAUUUAAGAUCUAACAAUGGAGGAAAGCUUCCUCCUGGUCAUAUGGGAUGGCCCCUUAUUGGAGAGCUGCUGGAAUUUUUAUGGUAUUUCAAGUUUAUUGACAAGCCUGAUGAGUUUAUAUGGAAGAGAAAUGCCAAAUAUGGGGAUACUGGGAUUUAUAGAACCUAUUUAUUUGGGUUCCCUUCUGUUAUAACAUGCUCUCCAGAGGCCAACAGAUUUGUGAUGGGGACAGGAACAGAGGAUGGUAGUUUUACUGCAGGUUGGCCUGCUCCUAAACUACUUGGAGAAAAAUCGGUCAUCAUGGUGGAAGGGCUGCACCACAAAAGACUGAGACGUGCUUUAAUGGAUGCCAUUAACAGACCCCGGUCAUUGCAGCAUGUGUUUAUCAGUUUACAGCCUGCAUUCAAAGAAGCCUUUGAAAACUGGUCUGCUAAGGGAACCAUCAAUACUGGUGAUGAAAUCAGAGCUUUGGGAUUCAGCAAUAUCUGUUCCUUACUCUUAAGCUUUCAGAGAGGUCCAUUGCUGGAAAGCAUGGAGAUGAUGUACAGAGGACUUUUAGCUGGUCUUAGAGCCCAACCUAUUAAUAUACCAGGCACUGCAUUCCAUUAUGCUCUGAAGUGUAGGAAAAAGCUAUCAAUUAUUCUAGAGUCUGAGAUACGUAAUAGGAAAGUCAACAAGGAGAAUGUGAAGAUUGACUUUUUGCAAGAUUUAAUGGAUUCAGUUGAUGCCAACGGUGAUAAAUUGAGUGAAGAGGAAGUCUUGGAUAACAUAACAUCUAUACUUCUAGGAGGAUACGAGUCUACAGCUUGCUCAAUGACAUGGGCUCUCUAUUACUUAUGUAAAUACCCUGAAGUGUUAAGUAAAUUAAAGAAGGAAAAUUAUACCAUUCGUCAGGAGAUGGGAGAAGAUAAUAUUCUCAAAUUUGAUGAUGUGAAGAAAAUGACUUAUACUUCAAAGGUGAUUGAUGAAGUUAUCAGACUUGCAAAUGUAGCACACUUCAUGUUUAGAACUGUAGCAAAGGAUACAAAUUUCAAUGGUUACAAAUUUCCAAAAGGUUGGAAAGUAAUAGUUUGGUUACGUUCUAUUCAUGUUGAUCCACAUUACUUUAAGGACCCUCUAAAGUUUAAUCCUGAUAGAUGGGAGGGAUUUGUGCCUAGUCCAGGUGUAUAUAAUGUUUUUGGCACUGGUCCUCGAGUAUGCCCAGGAAACAACCUUGUUAAAAUGGAGCUCUUCAUGUUGUUGCAUUACAUAUGCCUUGAUUAUAAGUGGGAGCUUGUAAACCCAAAUGAAGCUAUAAAGUUUUUGCCAAAUCCAAGACUAGCAGAUGGUGCUAAAUUGAAAUUUAGUCGUAUAUAAACAAGUGUCAUGUAGUGGUGAGUACUUGUCUUUGUAUAUUGUAAUAAAAAGUAUUUAUUGUUGAUUUACAAAUAGGUAAGUAAUAGUUUGAGAUCGAUAGGCUCAUGCAAGCUAAAUCUAUAUCAACGUUAUAUUAAAUCGAUGAAUAUUAAAGUUGUUAAGGUUUACCUUGGCUCCAAAUUCAAUUCAUACUAGAUGUAAUUGCUACUAGUGUAGCUGAAGUUGAUUGUGCUCCUUAGAAUAAAUAAUUGAUUAAUUGGUCGA